GGGCACCAACGUUUUCUAAACGUCAUAUAUUAAAUAAAAAAGGAUGCAAGCGUUCACGAGUGCAUUAUUACCAUAUCUAUCUCCCGAUGCGACACGUUGCGAACCACAGCAGCGGUGCGGCCACUUCUAAAAUCACGACAAGCUCACGCGCGUUUACAGAUGAGGUAGAGAGCAUAUUAUACCAGUAUAGCGGAGCCACAAGUGCAUGCAAUUCACGAAUGAAAAGCUCCAGAGAAGAUAGCCCACACGAAUCGAAAUCCGAUAUAUUUUCGUUUCAGUUUCGCUCCGCAAAAAAAUAAAUAAAUAAUAAUAAAGUCGUAACUUUUCGCUUCAGUCUCGGUUCGCGCAGAAGUAACCUUUCUUUCUUUCGUUCUCUUGGGGGAGGGGGGCAGGGUUUGGUUUUGUUUCGGUUUGGUACCGUGAUCGACAUCGAUAGCAGGCGCUCGGAAGAGGCCGGCAGGUCCGUUGUGAACAAUUCGAUUCGCUCGAAUUUCAGGCGAGCAGCGCCUAGCCAUGGGCUUCUGCUUUCUGGAGAGAGGCCUCAAGGACAGACUCGUUCGCACGGUCGAAUCCAGCCGGGACUACAUUCGGAAGCGCGAGCCGUUCGUGAUCGAGGAGCCGAUAGCCGACGGCCCGCUGCUGUCCGUGCGGAACGUGCGCGUCUACGGCGUGCACAGCGUGAGCAUCGAGGGGGCCUCGAUGCGAUGCAACAGCAGCUUCCUCGAGCUGGAGGCGCACCUUGUCUUCCAGAGACUGGAGGUCCUCUUCGACUUCACGGCGUCCAACGGCGUUUUUCUGGCGGGCGACUUGCACCUGGUGGCCGAACCUUGCGACUUCGAGGCCACCGUGCUGUUGCCAGCCGAGAAAGGAUCGCGCGUGCUGCUUACUUCGCUGCGCGUGCUCGAGCUUCGGGUAUCCGGCCUGAACGUAAGCGGGCCUCUGUCGCUGGCCUUGGCAGAUGUGGACAGCCCGAGUGGCCUGUUCACGGUGCGACCGGACCACAAGCUCUUCACGCGCGCAUUGGUCCGCUUCGUUCAGAGGUGCUUGGACCGAAUCGAGUGGAAGGCGUAACAGAGCUUUGAGAUAAUUUGUUUUGCUCGUGCGUCGGGUAUUUUUUUUUAUUGGAGAUGACAUAAAAGUUUGGUUGCCU